AGCGCUCGCUCGCGUGCGCGCGCGCGCCCGGCAGGCGCCUGCGCAGAGGGACGAGGAAACUGGUGCUCCCGUGCGGUCCCGGCGCCUGCGCGCUGCGGGCUCCGGGGCCUCCCGGCCUGAGGGAGAGGAGCAGGGAAGAUGGCGGCUGUGGUAGAGAAUGUAGUGAAGCUCCUUGGCGAGCAAUACUACAAAGAUGCCAUGGAGCAGUGCCACAAUUACAAUGCCCGCCUCUGUGCUGAGCGCAGCGUACGCUUGCCUUUCUUGGACUCACAGACCGGAGUCGCCCAGAGCAACUGUUAUAUCUGGAUGGAAAAGCGACACCGGGGUCCAGGAUUGGCCUCUGGACAGCUGUACUCCUAUCCUGCCCGGCGCUGGCGGAAAAAACGGCGAGCCCACCCCCCUGAGGAUCCACGACUUUCCUUCCCGUCUAUUAAACCAGACACAGACCAGAACCUGAAGAAGGAGGGGCUGAUUUCUCAGGACGGCAGUAGUUUAGAGGCGCUGUUGCGCACCGACCCUCUGGAGAAGCGAGGCGCCCCGGAUCCCCGAGUUGAUGAUGACAGCUUGGGCGAGUUUCCUGUGACCAACAGUCGAGCACGGAAGCGGAUCCUAGAACCUGAUGACUUCCUGGAUGACCUCGAUGAUGAGGACUAUGAGGAGGACACUCCCAAGCGUCGGGGCAAGGGGAAAUCCAAGGGUAAGGGUGUGGGCAGUGCCCGUAAGAAGCUGGACGCUUCCAUCCUGGAGGAUCGGGACAAGCCCUAUGCCUGUGACAUUUGUGGGAAACGUUAUAAGAACCGACCGGGCCUCAGUUACCACUAUGCCCACUCCCACUUGGCUGAGGAGGAGGGCGAGGAUAAGGAGGACUCCCAGCCACCGACUCCUGUUUCCCAGAGGUCCGAGGAGCAGAAAUCUAAGAAGGGUCCUGAUGGAUUGGCCUUGCCCAACAACUACUGUGACUUCUGUCUGGGCGACUCAAAGAUCAACAAGAAGACAGGACAGCCAGAGGAGCUGGUGUCCUGUUCUGACUGUGGCCGCUCAGGGCAUCCUUCUUGCCUCCAGUUCACCCCUGUGAUGAUGGCGGCAGUGAAGACCUACCGCUGGCAGUGCAUCGAGUGCAAGUGCUGCAACAUCUGCGGCACCUCCGAGAACGACGACCAGCUGCUCUUCUGUGAUGACUGUGAUCGUGGCUACCACAUGUACUGUCUUACUCCGUCCAUGUCUGAGCCUCCUGAAGGAAGUUGGAGCUGCCACUUGUGUCUGGACCUGUUGAAGGAGAAAGCUUCCAUCUACCAGAACCAGAACUCCUCUUGAUGUGGUCACCUCCCUGCUCCUCACACGUCUAAGGCUGUUUCUCUCCUCCACCAUGUUUUUCAUAUCCCCCUUUCCCUUCUUCCUCCUCUCUUUCACAAGUCCAGAGAAACUUGGGGUGGUUGUGCCAAUCUACCUUUGGCAGCAGCAAUCUGAGGUGGCAGCUCUGACUGCCUCUGGCCCCAAGCCCUCAGGGAGAAAGGAGCAGCACACUGCCCCAAGGCAUACCUGUGGGCCCAGCUUCUCUCUGCUCUCCAUGAAGUGCAUUCACUCUGCUUGCCUUGGGCCCAGGCCCUGGUGAUCACAGGGUUCAAACAGUGUCCUCCGAGAAGGAGUGGGAGAACAGCUUGCUUCUCUCUCUCCACUCUGGUCUCCAGGCUUUUCCCUUCCCCCAAAGUUGAGCUGGGCCAGGGCUUCUUUGCCAAGAGCAGCAGGGAGUGAGCAAGCUGAGGCCACGCUCGCAAGGAGCUUUCCAUGCCCUUUGUGCUGCUUAGCCUUGCCUUUUCCCUUCAGAGCGACUCUCUGCAGCUCUCUGUUCCCACUACACGGGGUCCUUUGCCUGAGCCUGGAUGUUCUCAGUCACUCUCCUGGCUCUGCCCUGUCCUGCUUCACCACACCCAGGGGGAGUAGCAGCUUCACCCUAUUCUUCCUGUGCUCUCCUGGCUCACUCUCACGGGCGGUCUCCAGUGACCGAAGCAUUCCCCACCCUUGGAAUUUCCCACCUUCUGCCUCCCCUCCUAUUCCGUUUGGUUUUGUGGGGAGAGGGGAAGCAUCAGGGGGCCAGGCCAGCAGCUUGGGGUCCACAGGGAGAUGUUGGAUAAUGUGCCUGUUUUUUAACAUGACGAAAAAGCCUACCUCCAAAAUCCCUUUUUGUUCUUCCUGGACCUGGGCAUUCAGCCUCCUGCCCUUAACUGAAUUGGAGGCCUCAGCCUCCUGCCCUGUGUAUCGGACUCCCAGGUCACAGGAAAGCCACAUAGAAGUCCCUUUCUUCCCUUGCACGCUCGCUAGCAGCUGGUAAGGUCUUCACCCUGAUUCCUCAAGUUUCCUGCUUAGUGGCACUGACAUUAAGGACUGGAGGCAGUCCAUGCCGAGACACCCUAGAGUGGCCUUCCCCCUUGGCUGUGGGCAGGCCCAACUUGCUGUCGCUUUGGAGUUGAGGUGUCUCUUUUUUCUUUCUUUAGUUCCUGUAUUCUAAACAUUAGUAAAAAUAAACAUUUUUACACAGA